AUGCCUCCCAAGCGUAAGACUUCCGGUACCAAAAAGGGCACUCCGCCGUCGCUGCUGCAGCACACAAACCCGGAUCUGGUGUCCAAACCGGACUUUACUGCGAGUUCCGGCACUAUAACCGAGGACGAUAUUUUAUCGGCGGUCAGUCCGCAGGAGGUUGUCAAACUUAUAAAUACCCUUACUUCCACAUCGCAGGAUCAACUUUUUACAAAAUUUAAAACCAAAGCAGAAGCCCAAAUUGAACAUGACCAACUUCUUAUUCGAGAUCUUUCAAAACAACUCGAUAAGGCACAACAGGAACUCGUCAAUAAACAGGAAGAGAUUGAACUACUUGAAAUAAAAUUGCAAUCAGCUGCCCCUACAAAUACCCCUGUUAAACAGACACUGCAACAAAAAUACGUUUCUCCAAUACGGCGAAAAACUGGUCAAAAUUUGGACGAAAAUGAUGGACUUUCUGCCGACCAACUUUCGCGCGAGUUGGAACUGAUAGGUAUCACCCUUGAUAUCUUGGAGCUUCUUACUGGGCUCCGAAUCAUCAACUACGAAGAAGAUUCGUCAUCGUUCUACUUUGAUAUCACCCAAAGUUCUACCAAUGCGACUGAAGAUGACGAUGAUAACCGCUUAACUGUAAACUAUCGACUUAUAAUACGAAAAGACACCGCUCAUGCGGCAGACAUAAGCUAUGUUCCCACCUUUUUGGAUAAUAUUGAUGCUGGAAAUGCAGCUGCUAAACAACGAACUCGCCAUUUGACCAACAUUUUACCAGAAUACUUUUGCGAUAACCUCAUGUUCCCAUACAACACGUUGGCACAAUUCUAUGCCAAGAUGGGACGAGCGUUGAAUAAAGGAGUGGAAAAAAAGUGA